CUCCUCCUUCCUCUCCCUCUCUUCACCUUCCCUCCCUUCCCCUUUCCUCUCCCCACUUCAUACCUAUAGAAACAUCAACCUCCAAAAGAUGUCCUCCCAAUCAAACGGCACUUGCACCGCAGCACCAGCCGCACCCCACACUCCAGCGACAUCAUACCCCGCCGCCGCCGCCCCCGAGGCACCCGAACAGCAUCAGCAGCAGCAGACACUCCCACCCAACCCUCAGACCAGCACACCCUCCAACGACCCUCAACAUGACGAUCCCCACCCACCGCAAACGCCCCUAAUCAGCACAAUCGCCCACCUCCACGAGCAAGUCCACCGCUUUCUCUCCGAAUCCCACCCCGCAGACUCCCUGCUGGCGGCCGUGCAGAAGCAAACGCGCGUGACAUUGAACGUCUUCGCCGCGGCGCUGGACACGUUUCCGCUGCACAAUCUGUCGCUCUCGUACAACGGCGGGAAGGAUUGUCUGGUGAUGCUGGUGCUGUUCCUGGCGAAAAAUGAUGAUGAUGAUGACGACGCCCACAACCAUGCCCCCACCACCCAAUCACCACUUCCCCUAUCCCAAUCGCAAUCGCAAUCUUCAUCGCAAUCUCAAAUACAGCAACAACACAAACCCCUAACCGCAAUCCCUGCAAUCUACGCCCUCCCCCCCGACCCUUUUCCCGAAGUCGAAGACUUCGUCCGCUGGUCCGCCCGCCAUUACCACCUCGACAUCGUCGAGUACACCACCGACCCGCCGCGCACUACCAUCCGCUCCGUCUUCGCCGACUACCUGGCCCAGCACCCGGAUGUCCGCGCCAUCUUCGUCGGCACCCGCCGCACCGACCCCCACGGUGCCCGCCUGACCCACCAGGAUUACACCGACAGCGGCUGGCCCCAGUUCCUGCGCUACCACCCCGUCAUCGACUGGCACUACACUGAGAUCUGGGCCUUUAUCCGCCAUCUGGGGUUGCACUAUUGCUCCCUCUACGAUCAGGGGUAUACCAGUCUGGGUGGCACCGCCGAUACCCGCCCCAACCCCAAGUUGCGUGUUAGCGGAGGAAGGGCUGAGCCCGCUGUCGAGUCGGACGGGACCGCGGCCAUGGCGGAUCAGCCGCUCAAGUAUCGUCCCGCUUAUGAAUUGACCGAGGAUCUGGAGGAGAGACUGGGCCGCAAUUAGAUGCUGCGUCGACCAUGUUUAUUUCUCUCUGUCGACUCGGCUCCGUUGGCAUCGUCAGUCGACCGGUUCUGCGUGCAUUGAGACAGGUGGUGCGCGGGGACCAAUUAUCCCUCGUAUAUCUUUCUGGUUGGACUUCCUGGCAGUAUGCAUGAUUCGGUUGGCAUGGUAGAGGGUGCCCUUGAUAUUCACGUUGAGAGUCAUUAGUACAAGCAGGCUACUUGCUACGUGCGGAUGGACUCUGGUUGCGCAGUAUCAUUAUCAUAUUAUUCCCACGCUGUAGACUGCAUUGAUGGUUUCUGGAGUAAGAAGGUGUAACCAUGGUUAGACACAUACACAAAUUCCAC